AUGAACGACUCGAAAUCCAUCGACGAAUAUUCCUCCGUCCUAACCCUCACUCUUCACCCUGACAACCCAGCCAACACAACUAUCCUCGACGAAUCUGGAGAUACAGUCUACAAUAUCAGCACGACGUUUGACGCGAAAUCCAUACCGACGACUAGUGUACUCAACGAACAAGGGAAACUGGUGGCUGAUUGGAGAUGGAAAGAGUCGAGGUUGGAUUCACAGAUGCUGAGAUUCGAGGGUGCAGGUGUAGGGACUGUUGAUAAUGGACCAGUGGAAGUGGAGGAGGGUGGAACAUGGAGGGGGCAUGGAAAGGAGAGGAGCACGGCGAGUGGAUGGCUGAGGAAGACCUUAAUUCCGUACAAGCAAACCGUUGCAUUCCGGGAUCUCAAAGGCCGCGAGUUUCAGUGGCAGAACAACGCGCCAGGUCUACAUCUCCAGGUAUAUUUCCUCUCUCCGUCCUCGUCUUCCGCCAAUAUCAUAACACUUCUACCUAUUCAGCUUGCCUCCGCGACGAACACUGCUGUGCCAAUGGCUCGAUAUAUCUCGCCCAUCAUCGAUCCCAAACUCCCCAAAGGCUCUACCCCCAUCGUACCCGCCAAACUUCUGCUGGAUGAACAGGCAGAAGAAAUCAUGGACUUGGUCAUUGUUUCGUGGGCACUAUUGGAGAAAGGAAAGAGAGAGAGCGAGAUUUCAGGCGGUGCAUUUAUGAAGGGACAUACGAUAACUAGCAGUGGAGCAUCGUAG